AUGACGCCUAAACAGAAAAGUUCGAAGAUCAAAAUUAUCGUGCUAGGUGCUAAAGGAGUUGGGAAAACAGCCUUCAUAACACGCUUAGUUCAUGGGAAGUUCUUCCAUCCCGAAGCUCAUCAUUCGAGGGACAUCCAUCAUCGCACCUUGACUUUCGGAGACGAUACCUUCGAUAUUGAACUCUUCGAAGUGAAUAAAUCCAAUACCGAACACUGCCCAAAAAUGGAUUCCGCGGAUGCCUUCAUUGCCAUUUACUCGAUAGUCUCCCAAAGGAGCUUCGACGAGGCUGCUGAACUGUGCCUGAGACUCGAGUCGAAAUUCCCCGAGAUACCGAUGCUGCUACUAGCCAAUUGCUGUGAUCUCAACUACGCCCGUGAAGUCGACGCCGAAGAAGGUCGGGAAGUGAGCCCUUGUUUCGCAGAAGUUUCGGCGGCGGAAGAAAAUUCCGAGCCCCUGAUGUCUGCCGUUGAAGGUCUUCUGAGACGAGUAAUGACUCACCGGGAACUGGGUCAACACAGGAGACGGCGGAGUAUCUCUAACGUGCUCGAGAGUAUCUUCGCUUGGAAUACUCGUGGCAGUUUUAGCAUAUCAGUUUAG